UUUCGCGGAAUUUUCCUUCAGAGCUUCUCAAGAUAAUCAACCUCUUUAUAGCUUCAGUUCACAGUGAGUUCAACAGACAAACAAGUCAAUAAUAACACUAUUUCAUGCAGAACAGAGUCAGCUAACAUUACCUCCUAACAGGAUCACAUAUCUGAAGACAAUAUGGAAGGUGAUCUGGAGGAUGGAGAGCUCUCUGGGUCCGGCUCGGACGCCGAGAUGGGAACUGCUGCAGCACAACCUCGACCCCAGGUUCCUGAAGCCUUCAGCGCUCGGUCCUUCCACGACAGGGCCGCUGCGCAGCGCUCUGCAGCCGCCUACCGCAGCACCGGGAGGACAGUGGAGUCCAGCGACAGCGACCCGGACACGUCGGACGAGGAGGCGGCUGUUUGGCGAAAGAAACGCCAGAAAGUCUCCAACGCUCCCCAGCAGCCUCCUGCAUGCACCCCGCAGCCGACGCGCAUGUGCGUCCCCGUCUCCAUUCCCGUCUCUGGCGCACAGGGAGGCCGCAAGGUGAACAACAUCUGGGGCUCUGUGGUGCAGGAUCAGUGCCAGGAUGCCAUCACUGCAGAGCUGGGCAUAUUCGGCAUGGAAGGGGAAGUCAGCAUGUCCAGCAGAAACGUGGAGACUUACAACUUUGUCCUGGCGCGUAAGAUCAUGGAGAAGGAGAGGCAGAUGGAGAAAGAGGCAACUGAGGAUGGAGAGGUGAGCAUGCUGGACGCCCAGCUGGAGGAGUACAUGAAGGACCGGGGCUCGGAGGAGAGGCCGGGAGGUGAUGCCAAGAGGAAGAGGUCAGCUAAGGAGAGACUGGGCCCCAGGGCGGAGAUGGACAUCAAGGGCCGGUAUGAGAUCACAGAGGAUGACCCUGAUGAUAAGGUGACAGAUGAGAUAGCACACAGGCUGCAAGAGCCUAAAAAGGACCUGAUAGAGCGCGUCGUGAGCGCCGUCGGAAAGAAAAAAGCCAUAGAGCUGCUGGGAGAGACCGCCACGCUGGAGGAAAGCGGCGGCGUGUACACAAUGGAUGGCAGCAGGCGACGGACGCCCGGCGGGGUGUACCUCAACCUGCUGAAGAACACGCCCAGCAUCAGCAAGUCCCAGAUCAGGAAGAUCUUCAUCGAGGAGCACCAGAAAGAGUGCAAGAGCAAGAAGGCUGCACAGAAGAGGAGGCGGCACAUGGUGGCCAAGAAGAUGAAACAGGCCAUCGGCACGCUGAACCUGCAGGAGCACGACGACGUCUCCAGGGAGACUUUCGCCAGCGAUACCAAUGAGGCCUUGGAGUCGUUGGAGGAGGCUGCGGAAGAGGAAGAGGAGGGUCAGGAGGAAGCUGCUGUGGGCACUGAGGAGACGGCAGCGGUGGUCUACAACUCUGCAGACCUGGAGGUCUUCUGAGAGACGCCUGCUGUGUGAACUCUGAAGGACAUUUAGGAUCAAAAUUACAACACAACAAUGAAAACACUGUAUAAGUAUGUUCUCUACUGAGUACAGAAUCUCACCUGAGUGUCCUUUUUGUUUUUUUACCUUAGCAAUAAAAGGAGAGCUUAUGUUAACAGAAAUAUUAGUUUUGUUUGGUACAGCAUGGAUUUGUUUCAUUUCAGCUCAUGUUAACACUGUCCGCAAGUUAGUGUGAUUUAUGAUACAAAAUGUUUGUUUGCCUUUAAAUCAAAUUCUUAAUUAUCAAAAAAAGUUGUUAUGUUGAGAGCACUCUUGUUGAUUUUCAAUUAUGUUAACUUUCUUUGUUAUAAUUUCCAUCAGGAUAUAAUUAGGUCUUGGUUUUAUUAAAUCCAUUUGUGUGGAAUAUAAAUAAAGAUGACUCGGGUGAAAUUGCUUAAAACGGU